CAGAGGAAACAGCUGAUGUCAAGGACAAGAGUAGACACGGCAGCUAAGGGAAACCCUCUCCACCUGGACGUCCGAGCUUCUGGGACAUUAUCCUUUUUUGCGUCUCUCAUCUCUCUCUCUGUCUGGUUGGUCUCUCCACCCCUUUGUGACCUGGGGAUGAACGCACCAAUGAGGAGCCUCACAAUUCACUCUCUGUAUAGCACGGCAAGCCCCAGCAUGCUGAAGAGGAAACAAAGCUCAAGGGUGGAGGCCCAGCCCAUGACCGAUUUUGGGCCAGAUGAGACCCUUGCAGACAGUGCUGACAUCUUCUGGAUCAACAAGCCAUGGGUCCAUUCUUUGCUUCGAGCCUGCGCCAUCAUCAGUGUCAUCUCUGUCUGUAUGAACACCCCAAAGACCUUUGAGCAUUACCCUCCACUGCAGUAUGUAACAUUCAUGCUGGACACGCUUCUCAUGUUCCUACAGCUCCAAAUCCCAGAUGUGUUGAAAAGGAGGUGCCAUGGAUGCAUUCUCGUCUACCUGGCGGCGGCGCUCAAGUGCCUGACUGCCGAGAUCCUGGAGCUGACGGAAAACGCAACUUGUGACAGCGGGAUGACCAGGAUCGUCCCUCGACACCUGCAGUUCCAUCCUCGGGAACGAGGGACUUGGCAGGCUGCUGGGAGAAGUGACCAUUGCUCAGGUGACAACUCUUACGUGAAAGAUCGCUGGUGUAUGUUUGAUGGAUUCAUGGUGUUUUUCAUCUGGGUCUCCCUGGUGCUUCAGGUGUUUGAAAUAGGAAGACUUGUGGAUCAGAUGUCUCCAUGGGGAAUGCUGAGAAUUCCACGAGCACUGAUAAUGAUCCGGGCCUUCAGAAUCUAUUUCCGUUUUGAGCUUCCCCGUUCCCGCAUCACAAACAUUCUUAAGCGUUCAGGGGAACAAAUCUGGAGUGUCUCUAUUUUCUUGCUGUUUUUUCUUCUGCUUUAUGGAAUUCUGGGCGUUCAGAUGUUUGGGACUUUCAACCAUCACUGUGUUACAAAUGAUACACAAGCAGGAAAUGUGACCUGGAACAGCUUGGCUAUCCCUGACACACAUUGCUCAAAAGAUGGAGAAGGCUACCAAUGUCCUCAUGGCUUCAAAUGUGUGGAUCUUCAAGAUUUUGGACUUAGCCGACAAGAGCUUGGCUACAGUGGAUUCAAUGAACUGGGUACAAGUAUUUUCACGGUGUAUGAGGCUGCAUCACAAGAGGGUUGGGUUUUUCUCAUGUACAGAGCCAUCGACAGUUUCCCCCGAUGGCGCUCCUACUUCUACUUUAUAACUCUCAUUUUCUUCUUGGCAUGGCUUGUCAAGAAUGUUUUCAUCGCUGUCAUCAUUGAGACUUUUGCCGAGAUCAGAGUCCAGUUUCAGCAGAUGUGGGGAUCAAGGAGCAGUACCACUUCAACUGCUACUACACAGAUGUUCCAUGAAGAUGCGGCUGGGGGAUGGCAACUUGUAGCUGUGGACGUCAAUAAACCACAUGGUAGAGCGCCUGCUUGCCUUCAGCAACUGAUGCGGUCCUCUGUGUUCCACAUGUUUAUCUUGAGUAUGGUCGCUGUUGAUGUCAUUGUUGCUGCCAGCAACUAUUAUAAAGGCGAGCAUUAUCGCAGACACUUUGAUGAGUUUUACCUGGCAGAGGUUGCGUUUACUGUCCUGUUUGACUUAGAAGCUCUACUGAAGAUUUUGUGUCUUGGGUUUACUGGCUACAUCAGUUCUUCUUUGCACAAGUUUGAAUCACUUCUGGUGGUGGGGACCACACUGCACAUCUACCCUGACCUUUAUCACUCUCAGUUCACCUACUUCCAGGUGCUACGUGUUGUGCGUUUGAUAAAGAUUUCUCCUGCCUUAGAGGACUUUGUCUAUAAAAUCUUUGGUCCAGGUAAAAAACUGGGCAGCCUGGUGGUGUUCACAGCCAGUCUUCUUAUCGUCAUGUCCGCUAUCAGCUUGCAAAUGUUCUGUUUUGUGGAGGAGCUGGACCGUUUUACCACUUUUCCAAGGGCAUUCAUGUCCAUGUUCCAGAUUCUAACCCAGGAGGGUUGGAUAGAUGUCAUGGACCAGACUCUGGUGGCUGUAGGUCAAGUGUGGGCUCCAGUUGUGGCCAUUUACUUCAUCCUGUACCAUCUGUUUGCUACCCUGAUACUGCUGAGUCUUUUUGUGGCUGUUAUCCUGGACAAUCUGGAGUUAGAUGAGGACUUAAAAAAGCUCAAACAGGUAAGAAAGGCGUGGGCUAACAGUGACAUAAUGAAAAAGCACUAUAUAAGAUUUACCAUUCAUGAUUUGUUCCCUAGUAGAGUGCAGACUUUGUCUCCAUCCAGGCUGAUGAAACAAUGGACAGUUCCAAAUUUCAGGGAAAGUUUUAUGAAGCAGUUUAUUGACCGUCAACAGCAGAGUACCAGCUGUUUCUUCCGACGUCUCCCCUCUGCUUCGUCCUCCUCUUGUGAUCACUCCAAAUGCUCAGCUAUUGAAGACAACAAGUAUAUCGACCAAAAGCUUCGCAGGUCAAUAUUUAGCAAUCGAGCGCGCAACCUCCUAGAAAAAGAGGCUACAGUCAAUGAAAUUCUACGACUGAGAGCGCCGGUUCCCACAUUCGCGCCCAUCACCAGAAGAUGCCAUCUCUUCUUGUCACGAAGCGUCUGUCACACUGGCUGUGUGAGGGCUUGCACUACACAGCGUGAGCAAAGCGGAUCCUUUGAAGGCCAGCCAGCCAAAGAACGCUCCAUUCUCAGUGUGCAGCACCACAUACGGCAAGAGCGCAGAUCUCUUAGACAUGGUUCCACUAGUCAGAGAAUCAGCCGAGGAAAGUCACUGGAGACUCUUACGCAAGAUCAUUCCAGCACAGUACGCUACCGCAACUCUCAGAGAGAGGACAGUGAAAUUAAGAUGAUCCAAGAAAAGAAAGAGCAAGCAGAAAUGAAAAGAAAAGUUCAGGAGGAGGAGCUGAGGGAGAACCAUCCAUAUUUUGAUAAGCCUCUUUUCAUCGUUGGCCGUGAGCAUCGUUUCAGGAACUUCUGCAGGACGAUCGUUCGCGCUCGCUUUAAUGCAUCAAAAACGGACCCAAAAACAGGAGCAGUUAAGAACACAAAGUACCAUCAACUGUACGAUCUCCUAGGCUUAGUCACCUAUCUGGACUGGGUUAUGAUUGUAGUGACCAUCUGCUCCUGCAUCUCUAUGAUGUUUGAAUCACCCUUCACCCGGGUCAUGCACGUCCCCACUCUGCAGAUUGGGGAGUAUGUGUUUGUGAUAUUCAUGAGCAUUGAGCUCAACCUGAAGAUCAUGGCCGAUGGUUUGUUCUUCACUCCCACAGCUGUCAUCAGAGACUUUGGUGGAGUCAUGGACAUCUUCAUAUAUCUUGUGAGUUUGAUUUUUCUGUGCUGGCUGCCCCAUGAUGUCCCCCCUGAGUCUGGAGCACAGCUUCUCAUGAUGCUGCGCUGCCUGCGACCGUUGAGGAUCUUCAAACUUGUUCCCCAAAUGAGGAAGGUGGUGAGGGAGGUUCUGAAAGGAUUCAAGGAAAUUUUCUUAGUUUCCAUUUUGCUCCUCACAUUGAUGCUGGUGUUUGCAAGCUUUGGAGUUCAACUAUUUGCUGGAAAGCUGGCCAAAUGCAACGACCCUCGUAUUCUCAGACGGGAUGAUUGCCAUGGUAUUUUUCGAAUAAACGUUAGCGUUUCCAGAAACCUGAACUUGAGGCUAAAACCUGAGGAGAAGAAACCUGGUUUCUGGGUACCACGAGUUUGGGCCAAUCCCCGAAAUUUUAACUUUGACAAUGUCGGAAAUGCCAUGUUGGCUCUGUUUGAAGUUUUGUCGCUCAAAGGCUGGGUAGAAGUCCGAGAUGUCAUUAUUCACCGCGUUGGACCGAUUCACGGCAUCUAUAUCCAUGUGUUUGUGUUUCUGGGAUGCAUGAUCGGACUCACUCUAUUUGUCGGAGUAGUCAUUGCAAACUUCAAUGAGAACAAAGGUACUGCCCUGUUGACUGUGGACCAACGGAGAUGGGAGGAUCUAAAAAGUCGACUGAAAAUAGCUCAACCGCUCCACUUGCCUCCCCGUCCAGAGAAUGGAGGAUUUCGAGCCAAGAUGUAUGACAUUACUCAGCACCCCUUCUUCAAACGAGGCAUUGCUGUGCUGGUGUUGGCUCAGUCUGUCUUGCUUUCAGUCAAGUGGGACAAAGAUGAUGCUCAGGUGACAUAUCCACUCGCCACCAUGUCUGUAGUGUUCACCUUUAUAUUUGUACUGGAGGUGACGAUGAAGCUGAUAGCCAUGUCACCAGCAGGUUACUGGCAGAGCCGGCGGAAUCGUUAUGACCUGUUGGUCACAUCACUGGGCGUCAUCUGGAUAGUUUUGCACUUUUCCUUACUGAAUGCUUAUACAUACAUGAUGGGCACAUGUGUGAUCGUCUUCAGGUUCUUCACGAUAUGUGGCAAACAUGUGACACUGAAGAUGCUGCUGCUUACUGUAGUAGUAAGCAUGUAUAAGAGCUUCUUUAUUAUUGUGGGGAUGUUUCUUCUCCUCCUCUGCUACGCUUUUGCUGGUGUCGUUCUCUUUGGAACUGUCAAAUACGGAGAGAACAUAAACCGGCAUGCCAACUUCUCCACAGCGGGCAAAGCGAUCACUGUUCUCUUCAGGAUCGUCACCGGGGAAGACUGGAACAAAAUCAUGCAUGACUGCAUGGUCCAGGCUCCAUUCUGUACCCCAGACAAGCAUCGCUACUGGGAGACUGACUGUGGCAACUAUGCAGGAGCACUUAUUUACUUCUGUUCUUUUUAUGUCAUCAUAGCCUACAUUAUGUUGAACCUACUUGUAGCCAUCAUUGUGGAGAACUUCUCUCUGUUCUAUUCCACUGAGGAGGACCAGCUGCUGAGUUAUAAUGACCUGAGGCACUUCCAAAUCAUCUGGAACAUGGUGGAUGACAAACGGGAGGGUGUGAUCCCGACAUCCAGAGUGAAGUUUCUGCUCCGUCUACUCAGAGGCAGGCUGGAAGUGGACCUGGACAAGGACAAGCUGUUGUUUAAACACAUGUGUUAUGAAAUGGAGCGACUUCACAAUGGAGGAGAUGUGACCUUCCAUGAUGUGCUCAGCAUGCUGUCAUAUCGCUCGGUGGAUAUUAGGAAGUCUCUCCAGCUGGAGGAGCUGUUGGCCAGAGAACAGCUGGAGUACACCAUUGAAGAGGAGGUUGCCAAGCAGACCAUUCGCAUGUGGCUCAAGAAAUGCCUCAAACGCAUCCGGGCGAAGCAACAGCAGUCGUGCAGCAUCAUUCACAGCCUUAGAGAGAGCCAGCAGCAGGAGUUGAGCCGCUUCCUCAACCCUCCCAGCAUAGAAACCACAGUGCCAAGUGAAGACCACAAUACUAACAAUGCAGACAACCCGUCUCAGCCUGAGAUGAGUGGUCUCCAGCAGCUUCUGAGCCCCACGUUGUCAGACAGAGGAAGCUACAGGCAGGACUCCACAGACCUGGGGAGACCGCAGAGAAAGCUGGGACAGUGGCGGCUGCCUGCAGGUCGCACAAGUGUGAAAUCUAUUGUGUGUAAGAUGAACCCUGUCAAUGACGAGGCUUCUUCGGGGUCAGAGGUGAAGAAGUGGUGGACACGUCAGCUGACUGUGGAGAGCGACGAGAGUGGAGAUGACCUCAUAGACAUGUAGAGAGG